AUGCUCACGGUGUAUCGGCCCUCACGUUCGAAAGACGACGCCUCGGAGGAGAGAAAAGUUAUACCAGCCGGAGCACCUUACCUGACGAAGGUGAACGGCAAACUUAUGAUGGCCCGCUCGAAGCAAGAUAAACCUGCAGAUCUCGCAAUCAGCUUGCUAGGAGAGACGUUUGGGAUCAAAAAGGCCACGCCUGUGCGCGCCAAGUCAACUCUAGAGCUACCAAAGCCGUUACUCACUGGAGGCGUAACUUAUAUCCCACAACAACAGUUUCCAUACGCGACGCAUGUCCCCGUGCAGCAGUUCACAUACCCGGCUCCUAUUCCACAGCUAGGCUUCCCGUGGAGCAACCUCAACCUUCACCAGCCCCAGCCUCAGCCGGGCGCCUAUCCACCGGGUGGUCCACCGCGGCCACGGCCUACUGAGCAAGAUUUUCAAAAGCUGAGGGAAAUUGAUGCUCACUUUAUCGCUUGCAAUGGGAAAACGUCCGUCACAGUUACAAGGCAUGUAUGUGCCAGCUGUGGAAGACUGAGAUCCAAAAACUUCCACAAAGAAAAUCCUAUUAAGCUUGGGGAAACACCGACUCCUAGUUUUUGUAGGAAGUGUCAGAGGGAUGCGAGUUCUACAAGCUGCUCAAGCAGUAGUGGUAGAGAGAGGAAGGAGACUAGGAAGCCAAAGAGUAGAACUCGGAAGGGCAAGAAGAGGGAACGAAGAUACAUCUCAAGUUCCAGCGAAAGUGACGAACCUGAAUACUCCAAGUCUGAACUGCGGAGAAGACUUAGGAGGAGUGAAGGAUGGAGAUAUGUUGAACCAGAAGAUAUCAUCGACGAUGAAUAUUUCAGUGAUGGCCUAAUCCGACGGGUCCGAAGAAGGUCACGCAGAAGACAUCGACAAUCAGAAAAUACCAUCAGGGUAGAAGGAGAGUAUCCCGACUAUGAAGAAAGUCGACCGUCGAGGGGGAGAUCACGUCGAAGGUCCGAUCAUACAGAAGCGGAUAUUAACAGAACACCAAGAGAGCGAUCGUCUUCGCUAGUAAGUCGGUCGUCCGGUGGUAAAGUUCGAUCAACCGUAAGUCUCGAGGUGGGCCAGACAUCAAGAGGAGGUGGUCAAAACGAGGCUCGCGAUUAUUCACGACGACGCUCACCCUUCCCCGUAUACCGCCACAGCCGCGCCCCCAUAUAUCAUGAAUUGGGUCGUCGGGAGAGUGAACGAGGUUUUGCUUAUUUUGCCGACAGCAGCAACGAGUCGAUUGCUUCCACAAGAACUUCAGAUAUAGAUUAUGUACUAGACUCAGAAACGAUUCGAAGAAGGGAGCUCAGGGUUGAUAGAGACACAGUAACCUCAGGUCGUCGAUAUGAAGCAUUCCAGCGCCGUCGACGGCUACGCCGAUCUCCAACUGAAUUGACGGGGCCCUUGGAAAGACCACAUGUCAUAUACCCUAGAGGAAAUGGGGAUGUUGUUGUGGAAUAUACUUAUCAGCCUAGGCAGCACCUGCGUGAAGGGCAGCGAAGACAAGAAUACGUUGAUAGGGCUAUAUUCGAAGGCCGCAGCCGAACUUCGGGGUUUUUAGCAGAGGAGGAGGCUGCAAGAUAUUAUCAUGACGAUUGGGCAAAUGCAGAACCUGAAAGGGGACGCACUAGGCGGAGAGUAUCUGAACGAGGUUAUCGUCGGGACAAGUAUCGGGAUCCAGAGCUGGCGGAUUCCGCAGUCAGCUAUAGGAAUGAGUACUAUGGUGUUCCCCGAGCUCCAAGUCCACCAUCACCAAUCCGCCGUGUAUCUAUAACAAGAUCAAGACAAAGAUCUCCAUUUGCUGGGGAAGCCAGCCGGCGCGGCCGCAGCCCAUCUCGGGCCUCAUCUCGGGCCUCAUCUCGGGCCUCAUCUCGAGCAUCAUCUCGGCCUUCAUCCCGGGUUUCCUCUGCAUACGUAGGAGAAUAUCAGCGGGCCCUGGUACAGUCGCCUCGACGUUCAAGGGAGAGGGAGCACUAUCCCGACGACAUCCCUGAUAUCGCAACUAGCUAUAGGAUUGUGGAGGUGGAACCAGAGCGUGAAAGGAGACAAGUCAGAUUCCGAGAGCCGGAUUCUGUGCCUGGGGAGUGGGAGCGCGAGCGCGAGCGGGAGAGUGAGGUUUCAAUGGUUUGGUGA